GCAGUAAGCACCUCUUGGGACUUUUCUUCGUCUGUAGUCGGCUUCUGUAGUCGGCUUCUGUCAUGUUCAUGCAUGCUGUUGCCGCCCUAAUCUGUCUGUUACUGGCAUGCUGGGGAGAUGUUGAUUGCACCGCGCUUCGGACCAUUAUGUAUCAGGUGCACUGUUACCUGCACGGGCGGAAAUGUAAAGGUCGGACAGACUGGGAUGCAGUUGCCGUCCACAGGUGAUUCGCUACUGGACCGGCCCCCACCUGAAGUGCAAAGAUGUGCAUUCCCCCUUUCGGGACCCAACUUCCCCACUUGUACUGAUCACUUGAUGUCAACUACAGAACAACCUGUGCAAGUCGAGGCAACACGUGCCAAUGAAAGGCAUGAGAUCGUUCGUCUGGAAGUACAGACGGUCCAAUCUAUAGCGCGCGGUGGUUGGAGCCAAGUGACUCUUGUAGAUGCGAAGUGGGGAUCCGGACCGAAUGUUGUCGUCCAGAGACUUGUUCGGAAGAGAGCAAGGCAGCCUGUCGCAUUCAAGCACCGAGAGCUAGAGGUUCAUCAGGAUUUGAAACACCCCAACAUUGUCAAAGUCGAAGGAUGGUGGUACGAGAUGGCCGCCGACCAUGAAGCCGAGCACGGCGAGAACGUUCGAUACCUGAACCUCCUGCUCAGCCCCUAUUGCCCUCAAACUCUCAAUGAUGUCAAAGGUGAACUGUCUGAACGACUCUUACUCCUGUUCGCACAGCAAUUGUUCGGCGCCCUGGAGUAUCUGCACGCCCCCGAACGAUCUGUUGCUCAUCGGGACCUCAAGGCCGAGAACAUCCUGAUACGAAUAACAGCGGAGGCAGAAGGUCAAGGACACCUUCAAAUGUAUCUCUGUGAUUUUGGGUGUGCGAAGAGAAUUCUGCCUACUGAGCAGAACGGGGUGGAAGUAGGAGAGCCAAAAACGCGAGCUCCUGAGAUGCUCAGACAGAGUGGCUUUGGCACGUACACGACAGCCGUCGACAUAUACGCAGCUGGCCUCUUGCUCUUCUAUGCACUACUCGGUCGAGAUCUCGUGCCAGCUCGACCAAAUCAACAAGAGCAAUUACUGGAAUAUGAACGGGUAUUCGGACACGCUAAAACAGCGUCAGAGAUAAUCUCUCUCAUCGAAUCCGAAUCCGCACGCGACGCCAGGCCAACACCGAGCCAGUCCGUGCUCCAGCUACUGGCAGACGUUUUGACUCCCGACGUGAACGCCAGACCGGAAGCGCAGGAGCUCGUACGCCGGCUGAAAGGGCUUUAAUAAACGUCCAACCCUGCUGCUGUCACUGAUUUCUGAUGAUACCACCAAGGUCAUGGAAGGGCUGUGGUAAGCGAGUCCUGAGAUUGUCAUGAUCCAUCAGCCCGGUAAGGAGUAGAUAUCCAUGAUGAAAAAGGUUGCCAAUAAAUGCGCCUUGCAAGACGACCAACGAUGCAAGCGUCUGCCAGCAGAGUGGGAUUAUGCUACAUUUUCGACAUGU